ACGAGUCACACUCGCAUGUGAAUAAGAUUUUAUUGGGUUAUUUUAUUUGUAUUUUGCUUUUGCUGUCUAGUCCUCUGGUCAGGUCAACCAUUCACCACACAAUUUCAAUCAAAUCACCGACACAACAUAGCAGCCCCGAUCAUCAUCAUCGUCAUCAUCGGAGAUUGCAGAGAGAGAGAGAGAGAGAGAGAGAGUACCGUUGUGGAUUUGAAAAUGCUGAACAUAGUAAUAUUAGUAGUAGUGGUAAUGGGUUUUGAAGUAAAGAAGACGAUUCAGCUGAAGUCAAAUCACCCACUACAUGAUGUGGUUGAGAGAAUCAAUGAGAAAGGAGGUCCAUAUAUUGGGGUUGUAAUGGCUUAUCCUACUGAAGAGCUUGCACUCCUCUCCUCUGGUUUCUUUCUUCCCAGCUCUGACCUCCCUUCCCUUCACUUAUCCGGAAGGACAUUCAACAUUGGCAAGAUUAAGGGUGUGGAUGUGAUUUAUGUAAUGACUGGGGAGCAAACGUUAAAUGCAGGUAUUACUGUGCAAAUCCUUCUUGAUGUCUUCGAUAUUAAGGGCAUUGUUCACUAUGGUAUUGCUGGAAGUGCUAAUGACUCAAUGUCCCUUGGCGAUGUUAGCAUCCCUAAAUAUGUUGCAUUCACCGGUUCUUGGAAUUGGAAGGAGUUUCACUCAGAGAAAGGAGAUUUGCCAGAACUGAAGUUUGGGGCGUACAAUUUCCCAGAGAAGGGUGACAAUUUGUUAGCAAAAAUAGAGUUCACAUCACAACAGUUAUACUCCAAUGGACGACCUAUGGAAGAGGUCUUUUGGCUUCCAAUUGAUCCAAAAUGGUUCAGUCUCGCUUCUCAGCUCCAAGAUAUGAAGUUAGUACAAUGCGUCAACGAGACAUAUUGCUUGCCUGGAACACCACAAGUUGUUUAUGGAUUGAGAGCUUCUACUGCUGAUAUAUUUUUGGACAAUGUCGCGUACAGAAAAUUUCUUUUCAGCGAAUUUAACAUCUCAACCGUGGAUGAAGAGAGUUCUGCAGUCUUAAUGACAGCUUUGACAAGUGGAGUGCCUUGCAUUGUGUUUCGUGGGGUGUCGGACAUGGCAGGUGCAAUAGAUAAGUUGACAUUGAGUAGCUUGUAUACUUUGGCAGCAGCGAAUGCUGUUAGUGUUGCAAUUGAGUUCAUUGGAUUAAUUGGCUCAACUUAUCAAACUCUAGAAGACCACUGAAAUUGCAGUGAACAAUGUGGUCCAGAGGUUGGACAUUUCAAUCUCUACUAUUGCCAAGUCAUGAGUUCGGGCCAUGACAUCUCCUCCCCCUUUUUUUUUUUUUUUUUUUUUUUUUUGAUUUGCGAUUUAUUUAUAUUUAUAUUUAUUGUUGUAAUCAAAAAGUAAAACACUUUGCACUACAUCAAGAAAAGGCUAUGAGAUAAAAAUGCAUCAUAGUGAACUACCACAUCCUAAAAAGAAGAAAAAAACCAUUGAAAUGAUGAAUCAUGAGUCCCAUUUCUGAGAAUAUAUAUAGUAUUUUGUUCUUCUCUGUAUAAUCUGUGAAAUCUUGGUUGAGAAAUGUCAUUAAUGGUGAAAGAUUGUGAAAUGAGACAUAUUUGGGAAAAGAAAACAUGUCCUUAGACAACUUGCUAAAAAUUCUUAUAAGAAAAGUUUUGCAAGGUAUUGGUGAUUGAAGUAUCGAUCUUGAUUUGUUGUAGUGCACCAAGUUAUUUUAAGCCUUUCAUUUGAUAUUUGUUCGCGCCAUAUUCAAACCAUCUAGUGUGAAGACGACACGUGAGAAGAAAAGGGUAUUCAAAUACCGAAGAGCCCUACUUUCGAAGGUGUCCACGUGAGCUUCGAAUGCAAUUCUUCAAUUGGAAAGCAUUAUAAGUAACUUGUAAGAGGCAUGUGAAGAGGAAGUUAAUAAAGAGCAGUUGCUACACGUACGAAGAAAAUAUUAUGGCCCUAAGAAAUAGGGAGAAGGAAGGAGAUCAUGGUGAAAGAGAUCAGCCUAACUGCUUCGAAGGUGCCAAGAGAAGACUAUAGAUGGAAGCAAAGACUGAAGAAGGCGUCGACCAAAACCCAGACUCUACAUCUUUGUCCAUUCCAUUUUAAAUUCCCGCGUUUUACUUUUAUACACUGCACUUACAUUUCAUAGGAGUAGAUCAGACUUGUAAUUCCAGAACUCGGUCGGUUUAAAAGCUUCGAACUUGCCUUUACUAAAAGUAACAUUUUGUAAUUGUUUAUUCAGUUAAUCAAUUACAAUUUCUGCC